UCCUGGUGUCUCUGUGCUACAACACCCAGAAGAGAGCUCUGAUUGUGGGCAUCGUGCGCUGCGCUCACCUGGCAGCCAUGGACUCCAACGGGUACUCCGACCCCUUCGUGAAAAUAUAUCUCAAGCCUGACAUGGGUAAGAAAUCCAAGUAUAAAACAUCAGUGAAGAAGAAGACUCUGAAUCCUGAGUUUAACGAGGAGUUCCUGUAUGAGAUUGCUCACGAGGAUCUUGCUAAGAAGACUCUGGACAUCUCCGUGUGGGACUAUGACCUGGGCAUGAGCAACGACUUCAUCGGCGGGGUGCAGCUGGGGAUCAGCUCCAAGGGGGAGCGCCUGAGACACUGGUUCGAGUGUCUGAAGAACAAGGACAAGCGAGUGGAGUCCUGGCACACGCUGAUCAACCAGAACCCUGAGCUGAGCGACUGAUCAAUACACUCGAUCAAUCAAUACCCGAACCAAGACAUCAAACUAAUACAUCAUAACAAACAAGGGACUCCUGUCAGUGACCUGAGAAUACAGCACUGCGAUCAAUACACUGAUCAGGGACUGAAGCAACACUUAAUAACAGCGAUCAAUCACUGAACCAAUACUGCGAUCAGUAAUCAAUACUGGAAGGAAUAACCAAGACUGCGAUCAAUCACUGAAUCAAUAAGUGGACCCUCUAUGAAGCUGAAGCACAGAGGCAUCAGAAAAA